AUGGCCGGUGGUCAACAUCACCACAGAAUUAACAUGGAUAAGUACCAUCCAGGUUAUUUCGGUAAGGUUGGUAUGAGAUACUUCCACAAGCAACAAGCUCAUUUCUGGAAGCCAGUUUUGAACUUGGACAAAUUGUGGACCUUGAUCCCAGAAGACAAAAGAGACCAAUACUUGAAGUCUGCUUCUAAGGAAACUGCUCCAGUUAUUGACACCUUGGCUGCCGGUUACGGUAAGAUCUUGGGUAAGGGUAGAAUUCCAAACGUACCAGUUAUCGUCAAGGCUAGAUUCGUCUCCAAGUUAGCCGAAGAAAAGAUCAGAGCUGCUGGUGGUGUUGUUGAAUUGAUCGCUUAA